AAUGCUCUGCCCGCCUAUAUCCGGUUUCUCUAGCUCCUCUGUAAGUGGUGUUUGUAUCCGUCGCGCACCAGUAUCCUGUGGCCCUAGGUGGAGGGCAGCUUUCUUCUUUUCGUUGACGUUGUCGCUGUUCACUUGUUGAAAUUAGUCAAGUUCGGGAGUCACUUCGUCAGCCGUGAAGAUGUCGGUCCCGAGCGCACUCAUGAAGCAACCGCCCAUUCAGUCGACGGCUGGGGCCGUCCCGGUUCGCAAUGAAAAAGGUGAGAUUUCCAUGGAGAAAGUGAAGGUAAAACGUUAUGUGUCGGGAAAGAGGCCAGACUAUGCUCCGAUGGAAUCCUCAGAUGAGGAGGAUGAAGAAUUUCAGUUCAUUAAGAAAGCCAAAGAACAAGAAGCAGAACCUGAGGAACAGGAGGAGGAUUCAUCUAGCGACCCUCGACUGCGGCGUUUGCAGAACCGUAUUAGUGAAGAUGUGGAAGAGAGAUUGGCUCGACAUCGGAAAAUAGUGGAGCCUGAAGUGGUAGGAGAAAGUGAUUCAGAAGUAGAAGGAGAUGCUUGGCGCAUGGAACGAGAAGACAGUAGUGAAGAAGAGGAGGAAGAAAUUGAUGAUGAGGAAAUAGAGCGGCGCCGUGGCAUGAUGCGUCAGCGAGCACAGGAAAGAAAAAAUGAAGAAAUGGAAGUCAUGGAGGUAGAAGAUGAGGGACAUUCUGGGGAGGAGUCAGAAUCAGAGUCUGAGUAUGAAGAGUACACCGACAGUGAAGAUGAGAUGGAGCCUCGCCUUAAGCCAGUCUUCAUUAGAAAGAAGGACCGAGUAACAGUUCAAGAACGUGAGGCUGAAGCACUGAAACAGAAGGAGCUAGAGCAGGAGGCAAAACGUAUGGCUGAGGAGAGACGCAAGUAUACACUGAAGAUUGUCGAAGAAGAGACCAAGAAAGAGCUGGAGGAAAACAAACGGUCCCUGGCUGCAUUAGAUGCACUGAAUACCGAUGAUGAAAAUGACGAGGAGGAGUAUGAGGCUUGGAAGGUUCGAGAGCUGAAAAGAAUCAAGAGGGACAGAGAAGAUCGAGAAGCGCUUGAGAAAGAGAAAGCUGAAAUUGAGCGCAUGCGAAAUCUGACUGAGGAAGAAAGGCGAGCUGAGCUUCGGGCAAAUGGCAAAGUCAUUACAAACAAAGCUGUUAAGGGCAAAUAUAAGUUCUUACAGAAAUAUUAUCAUCGGGGUGCCUUCUUCAUGGAUGAGGAUGAAGAAGUUUACAAAAGAGAUUUCAGCGCGCCUACCCUGGAGGAUCAUUUUAAUAAAACCAUUCUUCCAAAAGUCAUGCAGGUCAAGAACUUUGGGCGUUCUGGUCGUACCAAAUACACCCACCUCGUGGAUCAAGACACCACUUCCUUUGACUCAGCAUGGGGCCAGGAGAGUGCACAGAACACAAAGUUCUUUAAACAGAAGGCAGCUGGAGUACGAGAUGUAUUUGAACGGCCAUCUGCCAAGAAGAGGAAAACUACUUAAAAGUUCAACUACUUAUUAUUUCAGCUGUGGGACACAUGGGGAGACCUCAGCAUCUGAUCCUUGAUUUGUUUUUACCGUUAUUUACAUGGCCCUGUAUCCAUCCUGUUGGACCUACUGCCAUAUUUGUGACACUGGGUACCCAGUCUUUGAAUGUGCUUUGUGAGGUUUGGACUCAUGCUGAGAAACCCACAGAAAAGCACUGUCCAGGUAGGAUUAGAGGAUCUCCACUUAAAACUAUUUCCAAGAAAUCUCAAGUUUGAUCAUUUCUCUGGCUUCCCAAAUUAACUUGGGACUAUUCAAGUUUCUUUUUCCAACCCCUUAGCUUGGGUGAGAAACAUGGGCAAUAAGUGGACAGUAUAUUAUUGUUACCUUACUGGAAUUCUAAACUCAUUGAAACCUGUUUUACAUUUUUGGUGGGAGUCAAUUUUUCUAAGUAAACAUACUUUUUGACCCAUUUGUAUGUCAAGAAAUGAACACACCAAGAAGUUUUUAGCAUGACACUGGAAGU